AUGUUGCUAGCAUCUCGAGUGUUGAGUGCAUAUGGAUCAUGUACUGCAUCGAUAAUUAACGCACUUUAUAUUGGAGAAAUAGCACUGAGUGUUGGACCCAAUGUAUCUUUUUCAACUACAGCCUAUAUCGGACUUAUUGUUUCCAUUAUUUACCUUGUUGCGGUGUUGUUUAUUCCAGAAUCACCUGUUUAUUAUGUCAUUAGAGGUGUGAAAAAUAAACUUAUAAAAGUUAUGCAAGAUUUGAACAGAUCCGAUGAAAUCGAUGAUAAUGUAGAGACACUAAAAUCAGAAAGAAAUGAUAUUAAUGAUUGGAAAGAGUUAUUUACAGAGAAAUGUAACAUAAAAGGCUUAUUUAUAGCUACAGUUAUAACUAUGUUACAAUACGGUAAUGGCGCUCUUAUUGUCACGUUUUUCUCAACAUCAAUAUUUGAACAGGCAGGCUCGUCAAUUGAACCCAAUUUAGCAUCAGUCAUAAUAGGAUACACACAGCUAUCAGGAAGUGUAAUUGCACCGUUCUUUGUGGAAAAAUCUGGAAGGCGUCCACUUUUGUUAACGUCUACGGCAAUUUGUUGUGGAAGUAUGGUCGUGUUUGGAGUAUAUUUUUAUUUGAGUCAUAUUGGCGCAGAGGUAAUUCAACAUUUCAAAUGGCUGCCACUCGUUGCUCUGGCAGUAUUUUAUCUCAGUAAUAACAUGGGAUUUGGAGUUAUUCCUGGUACACUAACAGGUGAAAUGUUUAAGUCCAACGUGAGAAGUAAAGGUACCGCCCUGGUUAUUUUUAUAUCUUGGAUAUUUGGUUUUGCUGUAACCACACUUUUUAAUUCUACAAUUACACGGUUUGGAGCACAUAUCAUAUUUUGGUUCUUUGGAUUAAUCUGUGGCGUUGCAUUUCUCUUUACGUUGUUCUUUGUGCCAGAAACAAAGGGGAAGAGUUUAGUUGAAAUAACUAAAAUGUUAAACGGAUAAAUGAAUAGUGUAUUUUUUUUUAUUUAACUCUCGUUGUCUUACUAGUUUUCCUUUAAUUUUAAAGGUAAGGUAUGUAUUUUACUUAAAUAAAGGAAUAAUACAAAUUA